AUGGCAUCGGCAGCAAGAUCCCGCAUCCCUCUUGCACUGGGUGCUUUUACAGUUUUUGGAGGCGGCCUAUACUGGCAGACGGCUGGCGGACGACAGCAACCCAAGAGUCGCGACGAUGGCAACGUCAAAGUCUCGAGCACGAUGCAACAGAUAGCUGGCACCGGCGGCCCUGCUGCACGGAACCAAGGCGACAUGCAGCACGACACAAAAGACACGCGCAUCUUCUCGUCCGCCUCGGACGUGCGCAGCAAGCGGAACCCUGAUAAGGAACGCACGGGCGAAAAGUCGCAGGGGGCGGUGCUGGAGGAUGCGGCAGGCGAUUCCAAGACGGCAGGCCUCGGUGGAGGCGGGACCGGCAAGGGCUCGUCAUCUUCUUUGUCAUCCUCCAACAGUGGGGAGGAGGGAAGCAACAAGAUGGAGGGCAGGCCGAAGAAUGAGAGCCAAGGCACAGCAUGGGCCAAGUCGGGUCAGUCGCCCAAGGACGGCGGCGCGCAGUCGCUCAAGGAGGACAAGCCCAUCUCGCAAAAGGAGCGGGAGCAGCGCGCGUCGUUUUCGCCUGCCGGCAGCGGCGCCAAGACCGGGACUCCAAAGGAGAAGGAUGCGUCUUCGAUGCCGCAGGGAAAGAACUUUGCAGAGCCGAACAGGGCAUAA